AUGGGACUAAUCUCAGUGCCGCGAAAUGGCAUAUUCAAUGUCCAAAGCAAUGGUCAAGCCAGUACUUCGAGAAAUGUUAUCGAUGAAAGCCAAACAGCGCCACAGUUGCAAUUACAGCAGAAAGAAGAGCAACAGCUACAACAGCAACCACAACAACAACCACAAGUACAGACACCAUCGCGGGCAAAUGACACGAGCAAUCACAGAAGGGACAUCCUCAGUAUGACAACUCAAAAGAUCCCCGAUGAAUUGAACGCCGCCAACAUAAAACGUCUACAAAUUACGAUAGAGAAGGGCAUUAUUCCAAUCGUACAGGAUUCGGUUUUGCCUAUCAUUAAGCGAUACGUUCAUAAACACGGCGAGAAUUAUCAUUCGCAAGGCAACACCUUAUUUACAGAAAUCUUCACCAUAGUAAACGACCUUAUCACACCCAUGAUCCAAUCAACGAUGGAGAAAGUGAGCGCUCAGCACAUUACUCAACUGGUAUCGAAUUCCAUCAAUACUACGAUUUCUACCUGUUAUUUGGACAACAUCGACUCUAAUGGUGUGGAUUUCUUACAUAAUACUCAUAAAAUGCGCCAUCAAAAUCAAUUAAAUCAACAAAGUGCGAUUAAUGCACAAAACAACGGCCUACAGUCAACCUGGUUGAGCAGUACAAGAAGUACCCCCUCUAAGCAGGAUCAACGCAAACGUACUCGCAGAAGUAAUGAGAAUGAUGAGCAGAUUGCUGACGCCAAUUCGAAACAAAAUGAUAAUGACGAAGUGCACUUUCUCUCACACUCCAAAAACACAUCUCCAAUCAGUCAAGAGGUCCUUAAGAGUCUUUCAGAUUUCAGAAAUCAUCUAGAGAAAAACAUCAGAAGUAACAUAGAUAUAGUCAAACAACAGGAGUUGCACACCAGUAAACUCAAGGAACUCGAACAUGUUUCCCGAACCUUGAACAUUCGAACCAGUGCUACUCAAGAGUGGCGUAGCCAAACACAAACAUGCAUAGAGAGGUUGAGCCGAAAUGAGCUAAGUAUUAAGAAUGCAUCUAGAGCAUUUGAUAAUAUGACAGCUCGAAUGGACGCCAUGAAUCUUCAAUUGACACAAGUGGAUCAGCGUCAGUCGACAUUAAGACGCACAGAUUCCAAUCAAGCGCAAGGUGACACCGAAAAUUUCAAAAUAAGUGCCAUCGAAAAUCUUUUGGAAAAGAUGGGUGAGCGAAUAACCUCAAUCGAGAAUACAAAAGUGGCCAUAGGCGGGACGAAGCUGCAGAGCGCCGCAGAAAGCAGAAGCUCGACUCCUCAGCAGCAAGAAAAAGGGCUGGAGGACAGGCUGAUGAAGAAGAUUAGCAGUCUAGAGGAAAAGGUGAAGGAAAAGAUUAUCGAAAUCAGACGAGACGCAAGCCAGCAGCAAGAAGAUUUACACAAAAAUCUUCUUGAGAUGGUGCAAGCGAAGCUUAAGGAGCACUUUGCUGGUAUAGACGAAUCUAACAGCGGAUUUCAGGACAAGCUGCAAUCUCUUCGCGAUGAACUGAAAGAAUCAAUUUUUGAGACGUUUGAGAUCCAGAGGGAGAACAGCAGUAAGCAAGAAAGGAGAAUAGCCGAUCUUGAAAUUGCGCUGAAUAAAUCAUAUGAACAAAGCUGGUAA